AGUCUCUCUCUCUCUCCAUAUGUGUCAAAUAAUGAAAACACUAUGUUGUCUCCUACUUUUCCAAGUUUUUUUCUCUUCUUUCAGCCCAAAAAAAUUUCUUUUUGAUUCUUUCAAAACUCUCUCAUCCUAUUUUGUAUACCCUUUCAAGCCUUGAAUUGUUAAUAAAACUUUAAUCUUGAGGAUUCCUGAGUAAAUAUGGUGUUAAUCUUGAAGUUUUGGCAUCUGGGUAUGUCUGAAUCAGAGCACAGAGUGUUCAAAUCUGCAAACACAUAGCAUAUUCAAGUUGAAUAAUUAAUUAUAUUGGUGGAUUUGGUGAGAUGAGUGAAGCAAAAAAUAAUCUUAGUGGGAUGGAAAAACUCUCUCUGGAAACAAACAGAUUUCCGAGAGAUUUAUUACAGAGAUUCAUGGCUAGUAAUCCGACCCAAUUGACAAAUAUGAGCAACGAAGAUGAAGAGAUUGAAUUGAAUCUUGGGUUGUCACUGGGUGGAAGAUUUGGGGUAGACAAGAGUGGUAAUAGCAAGUUGAUUCGGUCUUCGUCGAUUGCUAGUUCGAUUCCGAUUGUUAGAGACGGCGGCGAUGCGAUAGCGAGCGCCGCCGCCGCGGUUUCGCAUCCGACACUGUUGAGGUCGGCUUCGCUUCCGGCGGAGACAGGAGGGGAGGAGUGGAGGAAGAGGAAGGAGUUGCAGACGUUGAGAAGGAUGGAGGCGAAGCGGCGGCGGUCGGAGAAACAGAAGAAUUUGAAGGGUGAGAGAGAUGGCGGCGGCGGCGGCGGCGGCGGCGGAGGGGGUAUGGGGCGGAGUUCGGUAGCUCCGUCGCUUGGGUUGCCUACUUGGGCUGCUGCUAGACAGGCUAAAGGGAACUAUAUUGGUGUUGGUGGUGGUGGUGGUGGAGGAGGAGGAGAAGGUGGUGCUGGUGGGUUUGUGCAACCAUCAGGAUCUGUGGAAUCACAUGGUGGAAGUUCUUCAGGGAUGUCAGAAUCAGAGAGUAGGCUAUUUCAAGGAUCCAGCAGCUGCGGUGAAGCAAGCCCUGUCAGUAUUCGGUCAUUGCAAGAGCAAGGCGAGCAAAGCAAUCAAGAGGCUGUAGGUUCUUCUUCUGUAAAGGGAAAGGAAAAUGCAUGUGAGUCCAAUGCGGAGACUGAGAGUUCAUCAAAGAGACCUGUAGAAAAACGAGGCGGGUCAAUGGAAGAUAUGCCUUGCGUUUUCACACAAGGACACGGUCCUAACGGAAGAAGAAUAGAGGGAAUCCUAUACAAGUAUGGGAAGGGAGAGGACGUCAGGAUAAUGUGCAUAUGUCACGGAAGUUUUCUCUCUCCGGCCGAGUUUGUCAAACAUGCCGGUGGGACUGAUGUGGCAAAUCCACUCAAGCAUAUAGUCGUUAACCCUUCCUCGACUCCCUUUUUGUAACGGUGUUGUGCGUAUCGUUCACCUCUUUAAAAAAAUUGAGGAGCAGAAAUGAGGUGGGAAAAUGUAACAUUGGAAAGACUAAUACAGCUUAGUUUUAUUUAGUUUUUUUUUUUUUUUUUUGCUCCAUUUUUUAAAGGGAUCUUUUUAUGUAUUGAGUAACUAAUUGUGUUUGGAAGCGAAAUGGUUAAAAGAAACACCAUAGCAUUGUUUCCAUUUUA